CUUGCACAGAACGCCUAUAGUAGGUGGUGCCGUAUCUCAACUGCAUGCCUUGCACCCCGAGUAGUGUAUGUAGGCACGUUCGGCCCAUUCAAUAGUGCGGGGACUUCCAAAUGGCUGUCCGUCCUGUCCAGACAUAUUCACAACAGCAGCAGCACCUCUCACCACACUUGCCCGCCUCGUUCGACACUUCCCUCGCCUCUCUCGACACCACCCGCAACCACGCGCCUGGCAUUCCCGACCGCCGCAAAUCACUGCGUCCCAGCCUCGGAGGCAGAGCAACGGCCAGCAACCGCAAAAGCACUGCCUCCGCAAAGCGGGUGUCGUCCUUGGUCGACAUGGCUUCAGACUUGCGUCUCAAGGACGACGACACCGAUGACCACAACGAUACCAACGACGAGAAGCGCAGCAAACCCGACACCGAUAACGACGAUCGGCCUUCCACCAGCAACUCCACGAAGAGCGACGACGCCGACACCGACAAGACCUCCCACGACCCUGCCGAUAGCGACACCUUCGAAGACGCGAGCUCGACGCCGAGGCCCUCGUCCACUGAACCCGAUACACACGCAGGCGCGGUAGAGGACAAGAACAGCACGGCGGAGGACGGAGGUGGUACAGGACUGGGCAUCACGGACGCAGACGAUUCGCAAGAACGUGCGUCCCGGCCGUUGGACAAGGCCGCACCUGCCUCAGAAUCUCGUGAACGCAGCCUUUCGCCGGGGUCCAAGCCCUCGCAACCAGCGUCCCCUGUUCAAUCCGGGCACGACCAGGCGGGCGAGGUUGUGCUUCCCGUCCAGCCUGCCCCAUCAACCGCCGCCGACCACAGCCACAACGAAUCGGUCGGCUCUGUAGACCGAGUAGCAUCUCCUCCACGACACCCUGGCUUUGCACGAAAAGCAUCGAGUGGCUUCGGUGCCCUGUUGGGCAGAAUGAAUACCAUUCGCAAAUCGGCCAGGUCGCCGUCUGUCCCACGGGGCGGUCCCGAGCGUCGCAAUACAGUGGCCUCGAUAUCUUCCGCAGAUGGCAAUAGUCUCUCCGGCCAGGAAGGCAUCAAGCCCAGUCUGCAGGACCAAUUCUCAACAUUGCGGAGGCAGGAGGAGUCAGGCGGUUCCAUUGCCAACGGCCAUGUGCUGCACGAACAGGAAGGGUCCAGUGUGACUCCCUCGACACCUGGUGAUGGAGCGUCAUCGCCUCCCACAAGUCCGCGGACGGAGGACAAAAGGGUACGGUCCCCCAAACUGGACAACACUCUGCCACCUGGGACAGCCUCGGGCAUGUCUGCAGGACCUCCGCCUGUACCUCAGGAAGUCAAUUGGGAUCUGUGGCAGAAAUUGGUGUACGAGGGUCCUUCUGCAGUGGCCAAAACGAGUGGACACGAGCUGAAUGUGGCCAUCAUGACCGGCAUUCCUCCUGCUAUUCGUGGCGUGGUCUGGCAAGUGCUUGCAGAAAGCAAGAAUGAAGAACUCGAACAUGUAUAUCGGACAUUGAAAGCUCGUGGGACUGAGAGCGACCAGAAAUCUCGCAGCUCGCGAGCGUCGUCAGUUGCUGGGACUAACGGAGGUCUGGAGAAGGAAGGAGCCACUUCAGAUUCUUCGAGCGAGCAUUCAAAUACCUCGCCGAAAUUGAAGUCUGGGUUGGCCAGCCCGCUCUCGUCUAUGGACAGUGUUCCGGAGCUUCAAUCAAAGCUAUUGGCUGAAAAGCAGAAGCGUGAAGCGGCCGCUCUGCAGAGGCUGGAGAAGGCUAUCAAGCGUGACAUGGGCUCAAGGACGUCCUACAGCAAGUAUACCCAGUCUGCUGGUCUUCAGGAUGGACUUUUCGGCGUCUGCAAAGCUUAUGCCCUCUUCGAUGAGGGCGUGGGCUACGCACAAGGCAUCAAUUUCAUUGCCAUGCCUCUUCUGUUCAACAUGGCUGAAGAGGAGGCCUUCACUCUGCUGGUCAGGCUCAUGAGCAAAUACGACAUCCGCAGCAUGUUCACACCCGAUAUGAGAGGCCUGCACCUGCGCCUGUACCAGUUCGAGCGGCUACUGGAAGAGCAUGAGCCAGCCGUCUAUUGUCAUCUCAAGCGUCGAAAUGUCGACCCGCAGCUAUAUGCCACCCAAUGGUUCUUGACGUUAUUCGUCUACCGCUUUCCGCUGCAACUUGUCCUAAGGAUAUAUGACCUGAUACUAAGCGAAGGUCUGACUGCAAUCCUCAAGUUCGGCAUCGUGCUGAUACAGCACAAUCGCGAAGCGCUCCUCAACAUCAAGGAGAUGAGCCAGCUCACGAGUUUUCUUAAGGAGAAAUUAUUCGAUGUCUACAUCGACAAGUCGCCGUCUGCAUCCAAGUUGUUGGACUCUGGCUUUUUCGGUUCAGUCACCGGCGGCGCGGACAAGGAGCUGUAUCGUGCUGACGACAUGGUGCGCGAUGCCUGUACAAUCAAAAUCUCGGAUGCAACAUUGAAGGCAUACAGCAUGGAGUGGGAGGAGCUGCAACGCGCGGAGCGCGAGAGGGAGGCGGAAUUGGAGAAUCUGCGAGCCACCAAUGCUUCCCUCACUGCCAGGGUCAAAGCACUAGAAGAGCGCUCGCAGCAACACGACACAGAGCACGUCACUAUUGCCCAAGACUUGGUUCGGAUCAAGGUCGAGAACGACUCGUUACAAGAUACGAACGAGGCACUCAAACUGCAGGUCGUCGAACUCCAGAAGAUGGUAGAUGCACAGCCGGCAGAAGUUGAGAGCAGACUCAAAGCGGAAAUGGACCGCAUCAUGCAGAGGAAUAUCGAAGUGCAAAACGAGAACCGAAAUCUGAAGGAAGAAAUGGAUGAGAUGGAGCACGAACUGGUCAAUGCCAAAAUGGCACACGCUCAGGCACAAGCAGACCACGAUGCAAUAAAACAGAAAUGGCAAAGUGUGCAAGCUUUGCUCAACGAUAAGCAAUGACCAGUAUUGGCCCUGAGAGGCAGAUGUGUUUCAUCUAUCAUUUUCUUACAGGCAGGCGCGCUCGAGCCUCAUGAGGCCGGGUAUAGAAAUAUGG